CACUACUAUAUAACAAAUAAUUUGAGAUUAGACCAAAUGGUUUAAAUGGACGAUUAUCGUGUUCAAUGGAUAAAGAACCAAGUGUUCUUAUCCUUGAACGUUGAAGAUGAUAGUUUGUUUGAAGACCUGUUGGAGCGGGAUGAGUACGCCUGCACAAUAUCACUGCAAAAGUACUUAGACUUCACAGAUCCAGACGCAAGUCAGACUAUUUUAUUCCAUAUUGAGUCAUAUGAGAAAGAAGAAAAGAUUGAAGUCGAGGUUGAGCUAGCACCGAAAACCAGCAGUAACUUCGAUGAUGAAGAGGAGGGGAGCACGCAAGAUAACCCAGAACAAAACGGGGAACUUGCAGAAGAUGCAGCUCCAGCACCUCUAGGCAAGAAGAUUGAGAUUGUAAGGAAGACCAUCAUAACAAUGCAUAUGAUGCACGGCGAUCUUUGUGAAGCCGUCAACCAGGAUGCGACGGUUUACUUCUUGAGGAUGAAAGAUAAAGCAAUACCAAUUCCAACUUCACGUAUCCAUGCUGAUGAGAUAGUUCCUAGUUAUCUCUCUUUUGGAUUCCUGAACUCACGUCCUCUACCCAUUUUAGAGCAGGUUAUGCUUAACCUUUACAGUCCGUUGUUGGCUACGUAUUCUCUACAAAAGCCUAAGGACUCCUCUAAAGAUAAGAAGAAGGGGAAAAGUGAAAGUAAACCAGGUCCAGUUAGAUCUGUGGUUAGGGAUGAGUUUUUGAUAAAUAUGUCAAAGUUCUGCACUCAUAUCAGCAGAACAAUCCAACAAGUCGAAGGAGAAGUUCGACUUGAUAUCCCCGAAAUUAUCAUCGAGGACAUCCAAGCUGCUGCUGGAAACAUGGAGAUUGUCACAACCCUUGAAGGUGCUGUAGAGAGCUGGGAGAAAGCUAUUGCUGUGUGUCUUGAACAGCAACUGAAGAAGACUCCUGUUGGCAAUGGGCCAUUGGCAGAGAUCGACUUCUGGAGGGAGCGCAGUUCUGCUCUGAGUGCUGUUUGUGAACAGCUGGAAUUACCAUUGGUGAAGAACAUGCUUGAAGUGCUAAAGGUCGCAGAGGUUUCUGUGUUAAGCAGCUUUGAGCACAACAGGGUUGAACUAAAUAAGUUCUAUACUGAAGCCAAAGAUAAUGUCCGCUUUUUGUCUACCUUGGAACGACAUUUCAAGAAUCUCGCCCACGGUUCAACAUUCAGCGUGGUGAUAGACACUAUUCCAUCCCUCAUGAACGCUCUGCGAAUGGUUUGGAUCAUUUCUCGGCAUUACAAUCGCGAUGAGAGGAUGGUUCCCCUGAUGGAACGUAUUGCCUGGGAGAUAUCUGAACAUGUUGCCCGAGUUAUUAACAUUCGAGCGAUCCUCAGAGAGCAGCCAGAAUCAAUCAAACAGAGAACAGGAGAAGCUAUCACCACUCUGAAGACGUGGAAGAAUUCCUACCUUGAUGUAAGGGCUAAGAUUGAAGCCUCAGGUCGAGAUGCGAGAUGGGAGUUUGACAGAAGGAGGUUGUUUGAGAAGACCGAUUACAUGUCUGCUAUUUGCCAAGAUUUGUUCAAUAUUGCUCAAGUGAUGGAAGAAUUUUACAACAUCUUCGGACCAGAAUUAAAGGCAGUUACUGGUGAACCAGAACGUAUUGAAGAAGUCUUGCAACGAGUUGAUGGAUUGAUUGAACCUUUUGAACAAGUUAAAUUUGACAUUUGGAACAUCAAGAAUCAGACUCAAUGGCGACAAGUAAUGAACUGGUUCAACCAAGAGGUCCUUCUCAUCGAGUCUGAAGCUAAGCACUUCAUUGACGACUCUUUCAAGACUCUACGAUCUGCCGAGGGAGCAUUUGACAUGAUUCUCAACUUCAGGCAUAUCAGGUCUCGAGAAGCUAUCAACUCUCAAAUGAUGAAAAAGUUCAACGAGAUUUUGACGCAGUUUAUGAAGGAGGUCGAUUUGAUGGACAAUAUGUUCAAAGACGGUAUCAACAACCCGCCUAUCUACAAGAAUCAACCUCCAGUAGCUGGAGCUAUUGCCUGGUCUAGGUCUCUCUUCUUCAGGAACAAAAGAACUGUGUUACGGUUCAAGACCCUUGAGGAGAUGCUGCAAGGUGAGCUGGGAGUGGUAGCUAAAGAACACUACCUCAAUACAGCACGUCAGAUGAAGGCAUUUGAAGAUAAGCUGUAUGAAAACUGGUUACAGAAUGUGGAGAACACUCUCAACGUUCAUCUCAAGAAACCAAUCCUGGCUAUCGGAAUAUCACCAAACCCAGACGCUGAAGCAGAAGCUCAGGGUGCUGGUGGAGACGACAGUGGAGCUCCCCAAUACUACGUCAACUUCUCUCCUGAACUAACAGAGAUCAUCACUGAGACCAAGUACCUAGAACAACUUGGCUUCAUGGUUCCUGAACUGGCUCGAAAUGUGGCCCUCCAAGAGGAGAAGUUCUCACGUUAUGUUGAUGGGUUGAAGCGCAUGUUGGCCCGUUAUUACGAUGCACUGGCUCUGUUGAAUGCAGCAGAGAUGCAGUUGCUGGACGAUCAUAUCAAGGAUCUACAGAGGGUACUGCGUGCUGGUUACAAGCGUCUUAACUGGAACUCGCUGGGUAUCCCUGACUUCAUCGGAAGAUGCAGCCAUGCAAUCGGUAAGUUUGAGUCACUAGUGAACCAGAUCCAAAAGAACGCUGAUGACAUAAACUCUCGUCUGGGAAUGAUCGAGAACGCUGACAUGUUCAAACAACCACCAGCACUGUCAGGUGGCCUCCCACGUGAUGCUAAGGACUACUUCGAGUACAUCGAGAUCCACAGAGCUAAGACAGUAGAGACUCUGUCUCAGAAAUACCGCGCUAUUGGACCACUGCUCACUAAGAUGGAGGGACUGGUUGUGAACACUAACACUGGCAAAUCCACUAAACUCAGAAGUUAUUACGCUUACUGGGAGAAGAGAGCAUUUGAGGCUCUCGAGAAAAUGGUGCAGAACAACUUGACAACUUUCAAUAACCAGCUGCAAACAAAAAUGUUGUUCAGUGUUGAUGCCAUGCUGUCACCACCAGAUAUUAUAGUUAAUCCACCAUACAAUGAACUCUUCAAACAUCUCAUGCAGUCUGUACGAGGCUGUAUAGAGAGCACAAAGAACUUUACUCGCUGGAUGUCCGGAACUUGUAUAGAAGUUCCCCCACAAGGAGAGAGGGAAGAUGAAGCUGUGGUGUUCAGUUAUCACUCUGAUAUCCAGAACGUGGCCUCUAUUACCGACAUGUCCAUGAUUGUGAGCCAGACUAUCACCAAGAGCCUUGGAGCUUUGAAGAACGUCCUUAAUAAGUGGAAGAAAUAUCGACCUCUGUGGAAACUCGAUAAGACCAUUAUGAUGGAGAAAUUUGCCGCUAAAAAACCCAGCUGCGUUUCCUACGAUGAGAAACUUCAAUCUUACUGUUCUCUAAAAGAACAGGUGGGUAACCAGCCCAUGGUAAAGGAGGUUGAUUUCAUCAGACUACACCUGGGACCGCUAGCUGAAAGUGUUCAGGAUAACGCAAACGCUUGGGUUACUAGCUUAGGAAAGUUGUUGAACAUAUCAGCUCGUGAGAACAUGGAGAGUCUGAAGUCGACCAUCGAUCAGCUGAGAGUAGACUUGGGACGGGCUCCUGAUACCUUGGAGGACUUGAAGUUUGUACUGAAGACUAUCAGUAACAUUCAAGAUAUCACCCUAGAUGUGGAGACUCGAGCCAAGGAUAUAACUGAAAGAUACCGAACAUUGAGGAUGUACAACAUAGAUGUACCUGAAAAAGAGUUCGAAAUAUGCGAGAAGAUCGACGACGAAUGGGCAGAUCUUUUCGAGCAGAGUCGAAGAGUUAACCAGAGUUUGGUAUCAGUUAAGAAGAAGUUCACUGAAAUCACCCUGACCCAAGUUGAGAAGUUCAAGGAGGAUCUCUCCGAGUUCCGAGAGAAGUUCUUACAGGAAGGACCAGGUUCGGUGGGCUACGAUUUGGACAAGGGUAUCACCCAACAGAAGAUAUUCAAGGAGCUGUUCGAGAAAUACCAGAACGAGAGACAAGAGCUGGCCAAUGCUGAGAAACUCUUCGGUCUUCCGAUCAGUAUGUAUCCAGAUAUGAUCUCGCUGGAGGCGGACAUGCAAGGAUAUGACAUGAUUUACAGUCUGUAUAAUGACCAAAAGAAAGGCCAAGAAGAAUGGUCUCAAACUCUGUGGGCCAAUCUUAACAUCUCUGUAUUGUCGGAAGGAAUUGAAGUCUUCCUUAAGAGGUUGAGAAGAUUCCCGAAGAAUAUCCGUGCUAUGGGUAUCUGCAACAUCUUAGAGGCUAAAAUGAAGGAGUUCCAAGACUCUAUCCCACUCUUCCAGGAUCUUAAGAACGAUGCAUUGAGAGAACGACAUUGGAAGAAACUGAUGGAGCUCACUGAAAAGAACUUUGAGAUGAAUCCUGACACAUUCACCCUGGACCAACUGUUUGCUAUGGAACUUCACAACUUUAGUGAAGUUAUCGCAGAUAUUACCACCAGCGCUGUUAAAGAGUUGAGCAUCGAGAACGGUCUUAAAGAGAUUAUUGACAUCUGGAAUGGCACCAAGUUCAACGUAUUGAAAUACAGCAAGGGAGGUCAGGACCGUGGUUUUGUCCUUGGUCCAGUCGAAGAGAUCAUGCAAUCGCUAGACGAUAACGCCAUGAAUUUGCAGAGCAUGUCAGCUUCUAGAUUUGUCGGACCUUUCCUUGAAAAGGUGCAAAGUUGGGAAAAGAAGUUGUCCCAUAUCUCUGAAGUGGUUGAGGUUUGGAUGGUAGUGCAGAGAAAGUGGAUGUAUCUGGAAGGUAUCUUCAUCGGAGGAGACAUCCGUCAUCAGCUCCCUGAGGAGGCAAAGAAGUUUGAUCUAAUCGACAAAGCUUUCAAGAAGAUAAUGAACGACACAGCCAAAACAAUGGUGGUGCUGGACGCUUGUCAUGCUGAUGCUAGACUCACCACUCUGGAGAAGCUCAGUUCUGAUCUGGAGAAGUGUCAGAAGUCUCUAAACGAUUAUCUGGACUCCAAACGAAACGCUUUCCCUCGUUUCUUCUUUAUCUCGGACGACGAGUUGCUUUCCAUCCUGGGUUCCUCGCAAGCUACUUGUGUACAGGAACACAUCAUCAAGAUGUUCGACAACAUCAAGUCUCUGAGAUUUGAAGUUGGUAACGCAGACGAAUACACCGCUACUGCCAUGGUCUCCAGUGAAGGUGAGGCGAUGGACUUCAGAACACCAAUAGCAGCUGAGGGCAGAGUUGAGGACUGGAUGACGAGCGUGUUGAAUGAAAUGAGACGAACAAAUCGUCUGCUGACAAAGGAAUCAGUUUACUAUUAUUGUCACGAGAUUAAGAGGAUUGAUUGGAUGGACCAAUACCAAGGUAUGAUUGUACUGGCUGGCAACCAAGUCUGGUGGACCUGGGAGGUUGAAGAUGUGUUCACCAAGGUGAAGAAGGGAGACAAACUAGGAAUGAAGAACUACAGCGUCAGGAUGCAUGCUCAGAUCAGUGAAAUGGUCACCAGGGUCCGUGAGAAACUAUCAUCUAACGACCGUAAGAAGUACAACGCAGUGCUGAUUAUUGAUGUUCACGCCCGAGACAUCGUAGACGGGUUCGUCCGAGACAGUAUCCUCGACAUCAGAGAGUUCGAGUGGGAGUCACAGUUGAGGUUCUACUGGGAGCGAGACAUUGACAACCUGCAGGUCCGGCAAUGUACCGGUACAUUUGACUACGGUUACGAGUACAUGGGUCUAAACGGUCGUCUUGUCAUCACUCCACUUACUGACAGAAUCUACCUGACCAUGACACAGGCUCUCUCCAUGUACCUGGGUACUGCUCCUGCAGGACCUGCUGGUACUGGUAAAACAGAGACUGUAAAGGAUCUCGCUAAGGCCUUCGGUCUUCUUUGUCUUGUCACCAACUGUGGUGAGGGUAUGGAUUUCAAGGCUAUCGGUAAGAUUUUCUCUGGGUUAUGUCAGUGUGGUGCUUGGGGUUGUUUCGAUGAGUUCAACCGUAUUGAUGUGUCAGUACUGUCUGUCAUCUCAUCUCAAAUCAAGACCAUCCAAAAUGCCCUUAUUAUGAAGCUGGAUAGGUUCCAGUUUGAAGGCACUGAGAUCGCUAUGGACGGCAGGAUGGGUAUCUACAUUACGAUGAACCCAGGUUAUGCUGGCCGCACAGAACUUCCAGAGAGUGUAAAAGCUCUCUUCAGACCAGUGGUCGUCAUUGUCCCAGAUCUCCAACAGAUCUGCGAGAUCAUGUUGUUCUCUGAAGGGUUCGAGAUGGCUAAGAUCCUCGCCAAGAAAAUGACAGUGCUCUACAAACUAGCCAGAGAACAGCUCUCAAAACAGCACCAUUACGAUUUCGGUCUACGUGCUCUGAAAGCUGUACUGGUAAUGGCUGGUGAACUGAAGCGAGGCUCCGCAGAUCUCCCUGAAGAUACAGUACUGAUGAGAGCGCUCCGUGAUAUGAACUUGCCUAAGUUUAUAUUCGAGGACGUGCCUCUCUUCCUUGGUCUAAUCGGUGACUUGUUCCCUGGUUUGGACUGUCCGAGAGUCAGAUACCCUAGAUUCAAUGACGCUGUGGAAGAAGCCUUCACUGAGAACAACUUCAUAUUACUUGAAGAUCAAGUCGACAAAGUGGUGCAGCUUUACGAGACCAUGUUGACUCGUCAUACCACAAUGGUGGUAGGACCCACUGGUGGUGGUAAAAGUGCUGUUAUCGACACCCUCAGUCGAGCCCAGACCAAACUUGGCCAACAAACCAAGAUAUACACCAUGAAUCCCAAAGCAGUGACGGUAGUUGAACUCUACGGUAUUCUAGAUCCCGUCACUCGAGAUUGGACGGAUGGACUACUUUCCAACAUUUUCCGAGAGAUCAACCAGCCUACUGAAAAGAAGGAGAGACGAUACAUCUUGUUUGAUGGUGACGUCGACGCACUGUGGGUGGAAAACAUGAACUCUGUGAUGGACGACAACAAGCUGCUGACUCUGGCUAACGGAGAGAGAAUGAGACUCCAAUCUCAUGUGGCCCUCCUGUUUGAGGUGGCUGAUCUUCAGUACGCUUCACCUGCCACUGUCUCCAGAUGCGGUAUGGUCUACGUGGAUCCCAAGAAUUUGAAGUACGAGCCGUACUGGAAUAAAUGGGUCAAUGCUAGAUCGUUAAAGUCCGAACAGGAAGAAUUCCAUAGAUUGUUCAAUAAAUAUGUUCCUCCCCUGCUUGAAUACAUCCUUGAGGGUGUAAUGGGAGGAAAGAAUGUCCCAAAGCUAAAAACAAUUGUCCCCAUAUCAGACAUACGAAUGGUAACGCAAUUGGGCAUCCUUUUGGAUGCUCUGAUUCCAGAUCAAGGAGAAACAGGCGGAGCUACUACUGCAAUGCUAGCAACUGAUACCAUAGAGGCUAUCUUCAUCACAUCUCUCUGCUUCUCUUUGGGUGGUCCCCUAUUGGAGGAUGGACGGAUCAAAUUUGAUGAGUAUCUCAAACAGCUUGCUUCUCUCGGAGCGGCUAACAGUGAUACAGCCAGACCUAGCGAGCUUCCCACAAGCAAACCUACUCUCUUUGAUUACUACUUUGAUCUGGAAAACAACGAAUGGAAAGCUUGGUCCCUGAUGGUGGAACCGUACAUCCACGACCCAGAGAGGUUGUUUACUGAGAUCCUGGUUCCUACAGUGGACACUACACGUGCUACCUGGCUUAUUGAACACAUGAUCCGAAUCAGACAACCUAUCGUGCUGGUGGGUGAAACUGGUACUUCUAAAACUGCUACCAUUAACGAGGUGUUGAGGAAUGUUGACAGAGAUUCUAAUUUAGUUCUCAACAUCAACUUCUCCUCUCGUACUACAUCUCUUGAUAUCCAGAGGAAUUUGGAGUCUAAUGUUGAGAAACGAACUAAGGAUUCGUUUGGACCUCCUGCCGGCAAGAAACUCCUUGUCUUUAUGGACGAUAUGAACAUGCCUGUCGUUGAUACAUACGGUACCCAGCAGCCGAUAGAACUUUUGAAGUUGCUCCUUGAAAAGGGUGGUAUGUACAAUCGUGGCAAGGACAUGCAGUGGAGAUUCUUCCGAGAUAUUUCCUACCUAGCAUCUAUGGGUAAAGCAGGUGGUGGUAGAAACGAAGUUAACCCCAGGUUCUUAUCCCUGUUUACUGUAUUCAACAUGGUCUUCCCUGAGGAACAAACCCUCAAUCACAUUUACUGCACCAUUCUGAAAGGACAUCUGCAGACGUUCUCAAAAGAGAUACAAGAUCUGGCGCCAAAACUAACAGAGAUAACGCUUGAACUCUACUCCUUGAUUGUAAAAGAACUUCCUCCUACUCCGUCCAAAUUCCAUUACAUCUUCAAUCUCCGUGAUCUGUCAAGAGUUUACUAUGGACUGUCUCUGACUCUACCAGAACGAUACGCUGAUGUUGGAUCGUUUGUAAGAGUCUGGAGAAACGAAUGCUUGCGUAUCUUCCAUGAUAGGCUGAUCAACGCUGAUGAUAAAAUACUAGUGCGAGGCCACUUGACCGAUUUGAUCAAUUCCAACUUCAACAAAGAAGCAGAUGUUGUGUUGAGAGACCCCAUUCUUUACGGAGAUUACAGAGCAGCCCUCAACCCAGAGACUGAACCAAGAGUAUACGAGGAUUUACAAGACUUUGACGCAUCUGGAGCACUCUUCACAGAGAUCCUAGAAGAGUACAACCAAACGUUUAACCCAAUGAACAUCGUCCUGUUCGAGGAUGCCCUGGACCACGCUACCCGUAUUCACAGAGUCCUGAGGAUGAUUGAAGGACACGCUCUGCUUGUUGGUGUCGGAGGUUCUGGUAAACAGAGUCUCACCAGACUGGCUGCUUUUGCUGCUGGAUGUGAUAUAUUCGAGAUUCAACUGUGCAGAGGAUACAAUGAGGACAGCUUUAAGGAGGAUCUCAAGAUCCUGUACAACAAGCUAGGUAUCGACAACAAGCCAACUGUGUUCCUGUUUACGGAGGGUCACGUGGUUGAGGAAGGAUUCCUGGAGCUGGUUAACAAUAUGUUGACCACUGGUCAGGUUCCGGCCCUCUUCCCUGAUGACGAGAAGGAGGUUAUUAUCGGUAAUGUGAGAGACGAAGUCAUGAAAGCAGGUAUCAACCCAAACAAGGAGAACUGCUGGAACUACUUCAUCAGGAAGGCGUCAUCUAACCUUCACAUCGUGUUGUCCAUGUCCCCGGUAGGAGAAUCCUUGAGAACCCGGUGCAGGAACUUCCCAGGUAUGGUAAACGGAACCGUCAUUGAUUGGUUCCUGCCCUGGCCUGUUCAAGCUCUCGAAGCUGUGGCAUCUACUUUCUUGGGUGGUGAAAACGCUCUGAUCCCUGAAAAACAUCGUGAUAAUCUUAUCCAGCAUAUUGUCCUGGUUCACCAAGCUGUUAUAACCUCAAGUACCAAGUUCCACAGCAUGCUCAGGAGGGUGAAUUACGUUACUCCAAAGAACUAUCUUGAUUUUGUGAGUACUUUCCUUCGACUGCUCGAGGAGAAGGAUAACUUCGUUAUGAACCAGUGCAAUCGACUGGAAGUCGGUUUAUCGAAGCUGGUCGAAGCCUCUAAACAAAUUGACGAGCUGAAAGCAAAGUUGGAAGUACAGAAGGUUGCAGUUAGUGCCAAGACAACUUCAUGUAACGAACUGCUUAAAGAAAUUGAACAACGUGAAGAAGUAACCAAACUGAAGCAGAAAGAAGCUGUCAAAAAGAGUGCAGACAUGGAGGAACAAAACAAGCUCAUCAUCGUCGAGAAAGCAGAUGCUGAAGAAGCUCUGAACAUGGCGCUGCCUGCUCUGGAAGCUGCUAGGAAAGCUCUGGAGAACCUUGAGAAGCGAGAUGUUGUUGAGAUCAAAUCGUUUGCCACACCACCAAGACAAGUGCAAGCAGUCUGUGAGUGUGUCCUGGUUGUCAGGGGUAUUAGGGAUGUUUCGUGGAAGAGUGCUAAGGCAAUGAUGUCUGAGAACAAUUUCUUGCACAACCUCAUGAACCUGAAUGUGGACGGUAUUACUAACGCUCAGGUUAGGACAGUAAGAAACAUCAUGAAGGAGAAUCCUGACUGUAACGCCGAACGUAUGCAGGAUAUCUCCAAAGCUGGUGCUGGUCUUUAUGACUACGUCACUGCUAUCCUUGGAUAUUGUGCCGUUGCAAGGGAGAUCAAGCCCAAGAGAGAAAAGGUGGCCAAGCUUGAAAAGAACUUCCAGAUCAGUAAACGAGAACUGGACAGGAUUACAACGGAAUGUACGAGUCUGUCUGCUGAGCUAGAAGAUCUCGGCCGCAGAUUCGAGGAAGCAAUGUCAGAGAAACAGCAGCUCCAAGACGAAGCCGAACUUAUGAGUAAACGUUUGGACGCUGCCCAGAAGUUGAUCUCCGGUCUCUCGUCCGAGAAGGGCCGAUGGGGCGUUGAUCUGGAAGGGUUGCUGAAGAGAAGGACUUGUUUGCUAGGUGAUUGUAUGGCCGGAUCUGCCUUCCUCUGCUACGUUGGAGCAUUCAGCUUCGAAUUCCGAGAGGAACUACUGCGAGAUGUUUGGGAAGCAGAUUUGAAAAAGAGAGAUAUUCCAAUGAGCGAGCCCUUCAAACUAGAGGGUCUACUUACUAACGAUGUUGAAAUCAGUCAGUGGACCUCGGAGGGUCUCCCACCUGACGAACUGUCGGUACAGAACGGUAUCCUAACCACUCAGGGCAGCAGGUUCCCUCUGUGUAUCGAUCCUCAACAGCAGGCAUUGAACUGGAUCACCAAACGGGAAGAAAAGAACAAUCUCAAAGUUUGUACUUUCAACGACAACGAUUUCUUGAAGCAGCUGGAACUUGCUAUCAAGUACGGAUUCCCCUUCUUGUUUAAGGAUGUAGACGAGUACAUUGAUCCUGUGAUAGACAAUGUUUUGGAGCGGAAUAUAAAGGGUACGGGACAAAGACAGUUCAUUGUCCUGGGAGACAAGGAGGUCGAUUAUGAUCCCAACUUCAGACUCUAUCUCGACACAAAACUUGCUAAUCCCAAGUACAGCCCUGGAGUAUUCGGUAAGUCUAUGGUGAUCAAUUAUACGGUCACCCUGAAGGGAUUAGAAGAUCAGCUGCUGAGUGUGAUAGUCAAGUUUGAACGACCGGAACUUGAGGAACAAAGAGAGAAGUUAAUCCAGGAAACGUUCCAGAACAAACAGAAGUUGAAGGACCUAGAGGAUACCUUGCUGAGAGAGUUGGCUAACUCCUCCGGCAACAUGCUUGAUAACACCGAGCUGAUCUCUACUCUAGAGGAUACCAAAACCAAGGCCGCUGAGGUGACGGAGAAAUUGAAGCUGUCUGUAAAGACGGGAAGUGAUAUCGAGAGGACUAGGGACGGAUACAGGAAGGCUGCUAAUCGUGGUGCUGUCCUCUUCUUCGUCCUAUCAGACAUGUCGGUCAUCAACCCUAUGUACCAAUACUCACUGAUGGCGUUCCUAGAAGUGUUCAACAUAUCUCUGAAGAGAUCACUCCCCGAUUCUCUGCUAAAUAAGCGUUUGAGGAACAUUAUUGAUACGCUGACUCAGAACAUAUACGCUUACGCCUGUACUGGAUUGUUCGAGAUUCACAAAUUACUCUUCUCCUUCCAGAUGACCAUCAAGAUUCUUCAGGCAAAGAAUGAAAUGCGACUUGACGACUUAGACUUCUUCGUCAAAGGUAACAUUUCUCUUGAGAAAAGUCCCAGGAAGAAGCCUCAUGCCUGGAUUCCAGAUCAGGGUUGGGAGGAUCUAGUCAAAUUUAAUGAGAUUUGUGCCGAUGGAGGAGACAUCGCAGGAAUGGUUGAGAGAUCAGGCGAACAAUUUAGGAAAUGGAGUGAGUGUGACGACCCUGAAUCGCAAUCUCUACCUUGCGGUCUCAACGACAAGCUGGAUAACUUCAGACGACUCUGUGUCGUCAAGUGUUUCAGAGUUGAUCGGGUUUACAAUGGUGUUACCAAUUACGUUACCGAGAAGAUGGGAGAGAAGUUUGUUACUCCUCCUGUUGUAACAUUUGAAGCUAUUUUCGAGCAGUCCUCUCCGAUUUCUCCCGUUGUUUUCAUCCUGAGUCCUGGUUCUGAUCCUGCAUCUGAUCUGAUGAAACUGGCUGAUAGAACAGGAUUUGGAGGAAACAGACUCAAGUUCCUGGCUAUGGGACAGGGUCAAGAGAAAGCAGCCUUGCAGCUGUUGGAGACUGCUGUCACAAGGGGACAGUGGCUCAUGUUGCAGAACUGCCAUUUGCUGGUGAACUGGCUGGUUGACCUUGAGAAGGCUCUGGAGAAGAUCACGAAACCUCAUCCUGAGUUCAGAUUGUGGUUAACCACUGAACCAACACCAAGGUUCCCCGUUGGUAUUCUACAGCGGUCAUUCAAAGUGGUGACCGAGCCUCCUAAUGGCUUGAAGCUUAAUCUAAGACAGACUUAUGUAAAGAUUCCAUCUACCACCCUGCAGGACUGUACUCACGACGCUUUCCCUCAGCUACUGUUCGUUCUCAGCUUCUUCCACGCUGUGGUACAAGAACGAAGGAAGUACGGUAAGAUCGGUUGGAACAUCCCAUAUGAUUUCAAUGAGUCUGAUCUCCGUGUCUGUAUGGAGCUUAUGAAAACGUAUCUGGACAAGUCCAUGGGGGUGGAUGGUAAGAUCCCCUGGAGCUCUCUUAAAUAUCUUAUUGGAGAGGUCAUGUACGGAGGUCGAGCAAUUGACGACUUCGACAGGAGAAUCAUCAGAACAUACAUGGACGAGUAUAUGGGAGACUUUAUCUUCGAUUCCUUCCAACCCUUCUUCUUCUACAAAGACAAAGACGUAGCGUACGACAUACCAAAAGAAACACAUCGUGACAAGUUCUUAGAGUACAUUGAGGCUCUGCCUCUGGCCAACACCCCCUGUGUCUUCGGACUCCAUUCCAAUGCCGAGAUUGGUUACUUCACCAACGCUGCCAAGGACAUGUGCAGUUACAUGAUAGAACUGCAACCUCAAACCUCUGGAGCUGAGGGAGGUAUCAGCCGAGAGCAGUACAUUGAGAAAGUAGCAACUGAGAUCGAGGAGAAGUUACCUGAUUUGUUCGAACUUGAUAGGAUCAGAAGACAGCUAGGUGAUAUAACCCCUACUGCGGUGGUCUUGCUACAGGAGCUUGAGCGUUUCAAUAACCUUAUCGCUAAGAUGAAGAUAUCGGUUGCUACCCUGCAGCGAGCCCUCGCCGGAGAGGUGGGUAUGUCAGCCGAGCUGGAUGAGAUUGCUAAAGCGCUGUUCAAUGGCCAGAUUCCUGGGUCCUGGCGACGACUUUCUCCAGAUACCCUUAAGAAUUUGGGUAACUGGAUAGCGCACUUUGAGAGAAGAUUUGAGCAGUACUCCACCUGGAUUGAGAAGGGAGAACCAUCCGUGCUGUGGUUGUCCGGUCUCCACAUUCCAGAGUCUUAUCUCACAGCUCUUGUACAGGCUACUUGCCGUAAGAACGGCUGGCCUCUAGAUAAGAGCACUCUUUACACCACGGUCACACAGCACACUAAAGCUGCUGAUGUUAGGGAGAAAUUACACUCUGGUUGUUACAUUGAGGGUCUUUAUCUUGAGGGUGGUUCUUGGGACGUUGAGAACGCCUGUCUCAGGAAAUCUAAACCCAAAAUCCUGGUCGAAGAGCUGCCUAUUCUGAAAGUGAUCCCGAUUGAAGCACACAGGCUGAAGCUGCAGAACACCUUCAAAACACCUGUGUACACGACAUCGGAGCGUAGAAAUGCGAUGGGAGUGGGCCUGGUGUUUGAAGCGGAUCUCUCCACAACUGAACAUAGUUCUCACUGGGUGCUACAGGGAGUAGCUCUCAUGCUCAACGCGGAUUAAAAUACUGAGUGUCAAGAUUUUUUAAGUGUAAAUAGUAUUAAUUAAUAUAUUCAUCCAACUGAACAUUAGAAUUAAAAGUAUGUAUUAAUUUAUUGUUAGAAAAGCAUCGUUUAUAAGUAUCUUAUAGCCACAGAGAUGUAGGUAUAGAUUUUUGUAUUGUAAAAUAAACUAUAAAAGGGUGUAAAGUGUAAAUAUGCACAGCUUUUUUUCCCAUUUUAUAAAAGAGAUUUUAUUUUUGUUUUUGAAAAGUUUAUAGUAUGUUGCUUGUAGUGUUAUUAGAUGUCUUUAGUUUUUCCUCA